GGCAGCGCUGGUUGCUGGGUUACGGAAACUGUGCGAUGAGGGGGAAGCGACAGAGGUCAUGGCGAUUGCGCAUGAGUAGUUGGGUGGCAACGGGCUGGUGUGAGGGGAGGAUAGGUUCCUGCAGAGGGAUCCAAAUUGAUCUUUGAAGUUGUGCACUGAAUUGAAUGAUAUUUGUAUCAACAUGACAUUCAAGCUUGUGUUGCUAAGGCAUGGCGAAAGUGCUUGGAAUAAAGAAAACCGGUUUUGCAGUUGGGUUGAUCAGAAAUUGACCGAAAAUGGUAUAAAAGAAGCACAGACAUGUGGAAAAGUUCUGAAAGAAGCUGGAUUUAAAUUUGAUCUUGUGCUUACAUCCAUUUUGAGUCGAUCUAUUCAAACCGCUUGGUACGUGUUGCACGAGAUGGAGCAAGAAUGGGUACAGAUUGAAAGUUCAUGGCGUCUAAAUGAACGUCAUUAUGGUGCAUUAAUAGGUCUUAAUCGGGCAGAGUUAGCCUUAAUUCAUGGAGAAGAAAAAGUUAAACUUUGGAGAAGAAGUUAUGAUGUCACCCCUCCUCCUAUUGAUGAAUCACAUCCUUCCUACCAUGAAAUUUACAAUGAUCGAAGAUACAAUUUUUGUGAUGUUCCAAAAGACAAGCUACCCAAAACCGAGAGUUUGAAAGAGGUUCUUGAUAGAUUGCUGCCUUACUGGAAUGAUGUGAUUGCUCCAGAAGUGAAAAAGGGGAAAUGUAUUCUAAUAUCUGCUCAUGGAAAUAGUACCAGGGCUCUGCUCAAACACCUGGAAGGGAUCCCAGACGAUGAAAUAAUUAAUUUGACACUGCCCACUGGAAUCCCAGUUCUCUUGGAGCUGGACGAAUGUCUUCAUCCAGUUAAACACCAUGAACUUCUGGGUGAUCCACAGGCCAUUCAGGCAGCGAUCAAAAAGGUGGAGGAUCAGGGCAAAGCAAAAACUCCAUCAAAUUAACUCUUGGAGGAGAGAUGCAAUUUUAAAAACUGAAAUUCACUGCAACCUCAACAUAGCUCACCUUGUUAGAUUGUGAUUUUGGAUAUACUGUGGGUAUUAUCAUGUCUCCCAAGACAGGAAUUGGGUAAAUGUUAGUUUCACGGGUGUUAAUGUUGCUCUUGCCACCCAUGUUAUAUUAAGAUUGCAUUGUUUGUGAUAGCAACUUUAUUGUGGUAGUAUCUUAGCUGCACAGUGAGAAUAUGCAAGCACUGAAUUAUGUUCACUUUAUUUGUUGCCUUGCACCAAUACCAUCAGAUUAUUUAUUUGAGAAGCUAAAAUUAAUAUCUUCAUGUAUAGUUACAGUAUUGUAUUGAACACUUCCUAAUUGCAUGGCAAAAUUGAAGAAGUGUCAUGUACACUUUGGAAUGUCUUUCGAGCUCUUGUUAUUAAUUUAAAUGCAAAAAAAAACUAUCUUUGGACUAUGACUUCCAUGUCGCUCUUUCUGGUAAUCAUUGUGCUGAAGAUAUAGGUUUGAUGGGAGAAAAGGAACAUCUGUUCUCUGGCCCUCUGUAGCACAGCUGGGAGGUAGAUUCCUCUAGGUUCUUUCAACAGUGCACCUCAAAUGUAAAUAAGAAAAAUAUGCAUUAAUAUGGGCUUUAUUUGGCAUUUCUUAUUAAACAAGAUUGACAAUUGGUGACAAAUUAUUGUAAUGUGUUGUUAGACCCGGGUGUCCUCUUGGCAGAAACCUGCCCAAACCAGAGGAAAUUUUAGUUCAGGUUUCCUUCCUUUCAACUGAUGGCCAUCCAAAUGUGAUCUGGAUUGCAUAUGCACUGUAAGAUUUGUGGAAACUCCAUAAGAGGCAGGUGCUUGGUUGAAGUACUGAAGGAUGGCUCGUACACAUUGAGCUGCAGUCCACGUUUGAUGCUUUUGGGUAUGUAGAGAUAAAUACAGAAUUGACACCUUCAAGGAUGAAGAGCGUACAGUGGGUAACUUGUGAAGAUAGCAUGGCUGUUGAUCUAUUGCACUGUUUCAUGAGGUACUUCAUGGAGUGGGGCACUUGGGUAGCUGGAACCCUGCAGUUGACUGUUGGUUCAUUGUUGUAAUGAGCUUUCAGGUUCUGAUUUUUGCUCCCUUCAUUGCUGUUUUAACUUGUUCUGAUACACGAAUGAUCUAUGAAUAAAAGUAAAACAUUGAACAAUUGACUUGUGUGAUAUGUGACUGGAUUAAAAGCCAUGGAUAAGAGUUCAAAGCCACCAUGACAUUUUGGGAAUUUAGAAUUUGGUUUAAGAAAAUAUAUGUUCAGAUCAGAAAUGACCAUUGAAGAGUUUGUGGAUUGUCAUUAAAAGUACAACUGCUUGUCCUAUGUCCUUUAGGGGAAAUGUGUAUGCCUUUUGAUCUGACCCAUACGUCCCUGUCUUCUGAAGUGGUCAAACAGGCUAUUGUUGUAUCAAACUGCUGCUAAAGAGAGCUGGCACCUGCAUUACAGAAGGCCUGCCACAACUACUGCUUGGUGACUGAGGAAGACCAAUGUUGACCACCUCCACCUGUCCACAACCUGAGAAUGAAUAGAGAUGUCAGUUUAAUAAAAAUAUGAAGAACUCUUAGUGGCAGUAAUUCUGCCUCCCUUUUGGUAAGCUACACAUCUAAAUAUGUGCCGUAUUACCAAAACUAUUCAGUUUUUCACUCUACGGUAUUUGUAUUUUCAGUAUGUUAUGUUAAUACUAUAGAAUGUCAGUUUGCAUACUUUAAAUGUAUUGUUUUUGUAAGUAUUGCAUAUGAAAAUAUUAUACAAGUAAAACUACUUUAUGAUAUAAUGACAUAGUUUGUGUAAGGAAAUGUGAUCUGUCCCUUCUGCCAAAUAAUAUUGUUCACUGGC